CUCCAGGACUCUCCUGCCUCCAGUCUACGCCAGCUCACGCAGCUCCCCAGGCGCAGCACCAGCACGUUGGCAGCAUGGCGGGCGUGGAGCAGCACGAGGGAACCUUCCAGGUGCAGGGCCAGAGCCUCUUCUUCCGGGAGGCUCGGCCGGGCAGUGGGCAGGCUACCCGCUUCUCCGUGCUGCUGUUGCAUGGCAUCCGCUUCUCCUCUGAGACCUGGCAGAAUCUGGGCACGCUGCUCAGGCUGGCCCAGGCGGGCUACCGGGCUGUGGCCAUUGACCUGCCAGGUCUGGGGCGCUCCAAGGAAGCAGCAGCCCCUGCACCUGUCGGGGAGCUAGUCCCCAGCAGCUUCCUGGCAGCUGUGGUCGACGCCUUGGACCUGGGCGCCCCGGUUGUGAUCAGCCCGUCGCUGAGUGGCAUGUAUGCCCUGCCCUUCCUCACGGCCCCUGGCUCCCAGCUCCGCGGCUAUGUACCAGUAGCCCCUAUCUGCACCGACAAGAUCAGUGCUGCCGACUAUGCCCGUGUGAAGACCUCAGCUCUUAUUGUCUAUGGAGACCAGGACCCCAUGGGUCAGACAAGCUUUGAGCACCUGAAGCAGCUGCCCAACCACCGGGUGCUAGUCAUGGAGGGGGCAGGGCACCCUUGCUACCUUGACAAACCCGAGGAGUGGCACACAGGGCUGCUGGAUUUCCUACAGGGGCUGGUGUGAGACCCCGCCCUGCUGCGCCCGGGUGUGGGGGGCGCGCACUCUCUCUCCACACACCUGCAACAGGUGUGUGUGCCUGUCUGUCUGAGUGCUUGUCUUUCGGGGUCUGUCUUUUCCUCUUUCUCUUGCAGUGACACACCGAGGUGAAAUCAAGAGAUAAAAUUCAGGAAUCAAGGGACGUGAGCUGGUGGAGGGUAACCCAUUUAGAUGAGCUUCUGCCCUAGGCUUUCCUGCUCUUCUCUGCUGCUUCCUCUCCAGCCGCCCAGUCGACCCCUCCCACCUCCUCUUGUCUGGCCCACAGGCGCUCACAGCCCCUACUGGGCAUCUUAUGGCGCACAUACAUGCCCACAUGCAUGUUUUACACAUGUUCCCAAGUGUGACCCAGCCACGAAGGCACAGACACCUGACGGACAUGCACGCUCGGGCGCAGCUGUACAUCGCAUGCCCAGACACCCAGGCAUGCCUGUGCCUCCACACGAGCCCCGGCACAAGCGCGUGCGCCCUCCCAACCACGCAGCGCCCGGCUGUCGGGGGAAGUGGGGACCCGGGGACCAGUCCGCGCCGGAGAUGCUCUGCCGGGCUCAGGGCGCUCGCCCACAGGAUGCAGCUGACUCCAGAUCAGAGAUGCCCCCCAAAGGAGAGCCUGCCCCUCGGACCCGCAGAUCUCCCUGCUUUUCCCCCUCCUUCCGGGUGCGCCACCCCUUCCCAGGUUAUUAGACCUGGGCCUUCUCAGCCAUGCUUCUUUCCUGCUUCCAGGCUGGGGGAGGUGCGGAGGAGAGAGGAGGUCGGUGAAAUAAAGUAAUGCAAUUAGACCCCUCAGG